CCAGCUGUCUGCCAAUUAAUUUCAUCAUAAAUGAAACCCAAGAUGAUCGGACUGACUUUUUUCUUUAUUCUUGGUAACAACAAUUACUGCACACUGAACACAACUUGGACAUGACAGACGUAAAACCUGAUAUUUCCGAUGUCCCCAAACGUAACACAGCCCCGCCCACAGCUGAACACGUGUUUGAAGCCGGAAGUGAUUUCUAAUUCGAAUUUGACCUCAAAAUACUCGCUGAUGAAACAUGUGUUGUUGAAGAAGUAAAUGUACUCGUUGUUAUGAUGGAUCCUAAUCUGUUGUUUUGGAAGAACCAGCGACAGGGCUUCCUCAGUCGAGUCCGGAUCUGGCUUGAUAUCCUUGAUCCAACUUUCCUGCUGUCCUCUGAUGCUGAAAUACAGAAAGCCCACGCUAGCCUUGCAAGUGGAGAGAAACUCAGUGAAAAGGACAGUCACGCUCUGACCCUCUCGCUUUCAUCUGUCCACGCUGAUUCUGGAGCUGUUCUUCCACUAGCUUUCCGCCCUCCAGCACUGGUUCCAAUAACAGCACCUGUGGUGGCGGCCACCUUUUUACCACACACCCGUGUCAAACACGCUCUGUUUUGGCAGUUUUUGCUGCAGAGUUACAACGCUGGGUUCAGCUACGCAAACAGAAAUUCUUCAUCAGAGCAGCGUAAGGCGAUGCCUUCGAAGCAGUUCCUGUUGAUGGCCGGAACAGUUUCUUGUGCAACAGUUGCAGGGGCCCUUCCUCAGGUUUUGAUUAACAGACUUAGGAUAAGAAGCGCAGGAAUCCAGACUUUUCUCAGAUCAUUCUUACCAUUCCCACUCUCAGCUGCUCUGGCCUUCUUUAAUGUGUUAACCGUCAGAAGUGAGGAGUUAGAAACUGGGAUCCAAGUGUUUGAUUUCAAUGGAAAUCCUGUCGGCCUUUCUAAAGUAGCAGGACAAAAGGCUGUGGGUGAAACUGCAUUAUCAAGAGCGCUGCUGUUUGGUGCCACUGCUCUUGUUCCGGAUAGCCUGGUUUUUCUGUUACAGAGACUAAGAGUUAUCCAGAAGACAUCUCGGCUGGUCACUCCUCUCCGUGCUGUUAGUGUUGUAGCCGUUUGGUGCUUCAUGGUCCCUGUGUCAUUUAGUCGCUUUCCACAACUGGGAAAGAUAAAGACGGAAUACAUAGAGGAGCACCUCCAGGCGGCAGCAUACGGCAACCUGUUAUACUACCAUAGAGGACUCUGAGGAGCUGUUUUAUAUAGCGGACACAAAUCAAUCAAAACAUGUGUUGCUGUGUUGAUAAAUGUCUUCUUUAACAUGAUGCAGCUGAAAAUGUACGACGCGUGUAACAGACUCAAAGAUGCAAUUUAUUUUCCUCCAGUUUUCAUGUGAAAUAUUUUGUUUAAUGCACUAAAACAAGCAAGAAGCUACUUUUGAUAGUAAAUUUAUUUAGUUGGAAUAUUAUGAGUUUUCAUAUAUAGGAAAUAUUACAUCAAUUCAUGAAAAUACAUUUAGUUUUCAAAGUUACAUGAGCAUUUCUAUGUAUUGCACUCUGCGUAUUAUCUGAAAUACUGAGGCACAAAACCAUCCUUUUGGCAAUGUGGUUAAAAUGUACUCGACUGUAAAACAACAGCGCUAACUAUACAUUCAAAUUAAAAAAAAAGAACCUCAACAGUAA